AUGCAAUAUAAGUUAGGAAAUUACAUACAUGGAAACAUUGUAGAGGCGAGUGGAGCAAAGCGUGAUAUUUAUUCCCCUCUAGAUGGGAGUAUUCUUGCCCAAGGUGCUGAUUCAAGUAAAGAAGAUGUACGGAAGGCAGCGCAGGAUGCAGCGCAGGCUCAAAGUAGCUGGGCAAAUCUCACUACAAAAGCGAGGGUGGAGGUGCAUUAUAAUUAUCGAGGGCUACUCAAAAAGCAUAGAGAUGAGCUAGCUGAAAUAUGCCAUAAAGAAAACGGCAAAGCAAUGCCCGAAGCACUUGCAGGUGUAGACAAGGCAAUAGAGCUUACUGACUUUGCAUGCUCUAUGCCUCAGCUUAUUUCGGGUAGCGUUCAAGAGGUAAGCAAAGGUAUCGAAUGUAAGUACAGACGUGUGCCUAUUGGGGUAGUGGCAUCUAUUACCCCCUUUAAUUUUCCCAUCAUGGUGCCCCAUUGGACCGUGCCAAAUGCAUUAGCGGUGGGCAAUGCAGUACUCCUCAAACCUUCGGAGCAUACUCCUAUUUCCGCCAUACGCUCUGCAGAGCUUUGGAAGCAGGCGGGUCUUCCUGAUGGACUUUUACAUGUAGUGUUAGGAUCAAAAGAUGUUGUAGAAGAGAUAUGUGAUAACCCCUCCAUUGCAGGGCUUAGCUUUGUGGGGUCCACUCCAAUAGCAAAACUUGUAUACACACGAGCAAGUGCUAACUUAAAGCGAGCACGUUGCUUUGGUGGAGCUAAGAAUUAUCUUAUUGUUGCAGAGGAUGCGCAUCCCAAGGUUGCAGAUGAUAUAAUUUCUGCUUUUUGUGGAAUGGCAGGGCAGCGUUGUAUGGCUGCAUCAGUUCUACUCAGCUUAGGAGAAAUUACAGGGAUUGUUGAUGCAGUUCUGUCCCAAGCAAAGACUCUUGUACCUGGUAUAACCCUCCCCCCUCUUAUAAGCAAGCAAGCAGUAGAGAAAAUCUCACAAUAUUUGGAUAAGGCACAAGAAAGAGGAGCAAAGAUACUUCUCGAUGGUCGCACUACCCCUAUCCAAGGGCCAGGGUCGGGGUACUAUAUUGGGGCUAGCAUUAUAGAUUGGCGAGGAAGAGAAGACGAAAUGCCCUUAGAGGAAGUAUUUGGUCCUACGUUAGAACUCAUACAUGCAGAUAGCAUGGAGAGGGCAGCCGAAUUACAAAACCGCUCCCCCUACGGCAAUGCAUCGUCUAUAUUUACUCAAAGCGGAAAAGUAGCAGCAGAGGCAACAAAGAGAUUACAGGCAGGUAUGAUUGGGGUAAAUAUAGGCAUUCCUGUACCACGCGAACCUUUCUCGUUUGGAGGAAUCAAGCAUUCUCGUUUUGGGGAAGGUGGGAUUACUGGAUGGUCUAAUGUGGAAUUUUUCACUGAUACUAUAAAAAUAACAACAAAAUGGAACCCCGAGGAUAGAAAAGACUGGAUGAGCUAG